AUGAAUAAUAAAAUUUUUAGCAAUUUGGAUAUCGACCCCAGGGAUACUCUUACCUUGGCAGAAACAGAGGCGACUCUAUGGGCUGGAGCACCAGAUAUAGAGACAGAGACUUUACCGUCGAUCCCCGGCAGGUGGUGUUUUACAGAUGGUUCAUGGAAAGAGAAUGAGCUUAUGGCUGGACAAGGAUGGUAUAGUACUCUGGAAGGUUUCGAUGGUUUGAUUGGGGCAAGAAAUGUUAGAGAGAGUCUUUCUCCUCUGCAUGCAGAGAUGGAAGCACUUAUUUGGGCAAUGGAAUGUAUGAGGAAUUUACGUCAGUUUCGGGUCAUAUUUGCAACAGACUGUUCGCUAUUGGUGAAGAUGAUUUCGGAACCAGAAGAAUGA